AUGUCCAAAGAUUCCUUUCCUGGUCUCAGAGAUCUCGGCACGAUAAACGUCAUCCCAAUUGCCACCAAUGGCUUACAGGGACUGCGCUCAGGGCCAUACUUUUAUCAACAAGCCAGCUUCCAUCACGUAUAUCGAGAGUUUCCCGAUUCUCAAUCUGCCUUCUUCUCGGCCAUCACGCAGAGCCCUAUAAGCGGCCAAUUCAUAGAGCAUCGCCCAACCGAUCAUGUUGCCGUGCCGUCUCGCCUAUACUCUCCACCACAGACCCCCAAGCUUCCCUUAUCUGGCCUUCGUUUUGCGUCCAAAGACGUGUUUGAUGUUGCCGGACUCAAGACUAGCGCGGGCUCCAGGUCUUUCUUCGAGCUGUCUGAUCCCGAACCUAAAUCGGCAUUCAUCGUCCAGAAGCUCGCUGCUUUAGGUGCAGUACUGGUCGGGAAGGCCAAAAAUACACAGUUCGCCAACGGUGAAGAUCCGCAGGAAUGGAUCGACUACCGCUGCCCUUGGAACCCGCGUGGUGAUGGUUAUCAAAACCCCGAUACGAGCAGUAGCGGGAGCGCGAUGGCGGUUUCCUCAUACCCAUGGCUAGACUUUGCCAUUGGAUCCGACAGUAAGAUUGAGCUUCUCUUUCCUACUUUCAGAUAUCAGGAGUUGCCAAGAUCAGCGCUAAUGAGGACCUUCCUAGCUUGUGGUAGCAUCGCGUGCCCGGCAGCUGCACAGGGUAUCUUUGGCUUAAGGAUGUCUACUGGUGCACUCCCUCAUGAAGGAGCCUUCACCAUCAGCAAAUAUUUAGAUACGUCAGGCAUCUUCACUCGAAGCAUCGAUAUUCUGCAUCUCGUCAGCUCCAAGCUACUCGAGGGCGCAUCUGAACCUGGAAGAAGCCCUCCUAUAUCCGAAGUAAUCGAACCUGCCGCUCCUCCCCCUCCCUCCGUCAUUAGCUAG